GUUGCAAAGUUGUCAGAGUUCUGAACGAUCUGGCAGCGCUGCCACUGAGUGUGUGAGUUCUUUUUUUGCUGGUUUAGUUGAUGAAAGUGCUGCUCGUUAUCCCACUGCGGAACAAAUAAGUUACAAAAUUGUGUAGUCCUGCAGUGAAUUGGCAUCGCGAGUCAGUGCAUUGGUUUUCAGGAUCACGGAAAGGAUCAUCGGCGUAUAUUCGGAGCGCGAUUCCCACAGUUGACAAACCCACACACACACGCGCAAAAGUGUGUGUGCGUGUGUACGUCUGUGUCUCCGCGCGUGCCUGUGUGUGUGUGUGUGUGUGUUCGAGUGUGUCGUCGUAGCUGAAGAAGAAGAGGAGCAGAAGCGGCCGCACAGAAGAAAAGGAGCAGCAGCACCAGAAGGAUUUUUCCUUUUUUUUUAUUUUUUUUUUUUUUGGCAUUUGCCGGAAAAAAAAAAAACAAGAGAAAAACAAGGUACAAGGUAAAGGCAGCAAAAUGCAGCAACAGCAGGAGUCUGGCGGCGAGGAGAGCUGGCUGGAGGAGCAAUACCAUCGCGAGAUCCACGGCCAGCAAGAUGAAUACGAGCGGGAGUAUGUGCGUCAGCGGGACAACAAUCUGAGCACCGUCUAUGGAGCAUUCCAGGAUUCGGCCACCGCCGUUGCCCAGCUCUACAGAGAGCGCUCAUCCAACACAUUUUCCUCAGAUACAGGCGCCCUUUGGCUCCCCUUCCAGACCGCAGCUGGCACUGUGACAACUCUCUACAAAGAAUCAUGUGAUGGUCUCAAACGCACCAGCGAUGCCGCCAUUCAGUGUGGCUACCAAAGACGCACACGCGAGCUGGCCGAUUGGGCGCGCAGCAAAAAACGCAGGAUGAUUAGGCGCGAGGACCUGUUGGCCUAUCUGGCCGGAAAACCCCUACCGCCAUCCAACGCCAAUCCACAUGCCAAUCGUCGGUCACCGAAACCAGAGCACCAUCAGAGUGGCAGCGGUGGUUCUGGCCUAGGAUUUCACAGCUCAGGACUGGGUUUGCCCGGUGGUCCGCCGACAGCCGCUGGAGGACAAUCACAUUUGCUGUCGGCUGGAGCCGGUGGCGGCGGCGGCGGAGGUCAGACAGGUGGAGCUGCUGCCGCCGCCGGUGGUAUCGGUGAUGAUUUGCACACGUUUAAGGAGGCCUUGGUUCUGCGUCCACGUGGCCCAGAGCUGUUUGCAUUUGUUGCCAAUGAAAUAGCGCGCCAUUGCAAGCGUCCCGGCAGUCCCAUCGACGACAAAAUGGACAUAUGCCACUAUAGUAGUAAACGACAGCGCUUCAUGUAAUCCAAUGGAAACCAAUUGAUGUAAUACCGAUGCCCCCUGCCUGCCAGCCAGCCCCCCACCACCAUCAUCAAAACAAAUUCAGCCACCAAACAAAUUCAUCAUCUGGCCAAGGAAAGACCGUAGAAGAUCGACGUAGAACAUCAAAUGUACAUUAUGAUUUUUGGUUUUUUUUUUUUUUUUUUUGUUUUUGGACAAAUUUCGUUUUUGAGAACACGAUUAUUACAAUUUUUUUUUUUUCCUAUACGUUGUUUUUUGAAAAUUGUUGGAAAAACCAAGUUCGCAUCUUCUACAAAGCAGCAUAUGUACGUAAAGCCACAACACCCACACGCAUACAUAUAUUAAUAUAUAUAUGUUUGUAUAUAUAUAUGAAUAUAUAUAUAUAAAUAAAGAGUUAAGGUUAAGUUAUGUUUUAGUUAAUAGCAGAUAAGUUAUGAAAGUCAAGUUGAUAAUUAUUUUGACGCAUAGAUAGUGCUGGAAGCAUCGGUCGGGCAUUAAUAUUACAUAAUACUGUUGAUCAUUGUCAUCGCGAGGAGGAAGAAUAAAAGAAUUAUAUUAGAGGAAGAAUUAUAGAAGAGAGGACACAGUGGAGUUAGUAGGUUUAUGCCAGCUGUGGGUCUGAUCUAAGUUUAAGCCAAGCAUUAAUAGUAAUUGUAUUUUACUGAGUGUAACACUUUUGUUGUGUUAUGCAUUAAAUAAACCACAAAAUACAGCUGUGUAAAUAACAAAAAACAAAAAAAAAAAAAAAAAAAGGAAAAAUAAGAGAAAAAAAGAAAACUACAGAAUGCGCGACAUAAAAAUUCAAUGUUAUUAAUUAUGCGACUUAAAGUGAACUUUAUUAGCCGAUUAGUAUAUAUGUAUACACGCAUGUAUAUAUACUAUAUUAUAUACAACAGCAUCCUUUUUGAAACUGUCAAAUCUAUAAUAUAUAUAUAUAAAUUUUCAUUUGGUCUCUCGUAUACAUGACUAAGCCAUCCUCAUCCUAGCAGAAGAAAAAUAAAAUUUUAAGAAAAGUCAGAAACCCAACAGAAAAAAAGCCAGACAGAAUUAUUCCACCUACCAAAAUUAUAAAAGAAAAAAAAAAAUAAGAAAAACUAUACCCGAAAUCCCAUAGAAAGGUUGAUUGUAAAACUUAAAAAUAUUUGAAAAAAAAAAAACAAGAAAUUAAAUAAAAAAAGAAAUGAAGUCUAUUGUAUACAAACUUGUGGUGAAGCCGCCGCCAAUUUUUAGCUAGCCUGAUUAUUCCAUAUACACAACAUCUAUUUAUACAUAUAACUAUGUAUAUGAAUAGCAUACGAUGAUGUAAUAUUGAUCUAUGUUUGUAGUUCGGCAUAUAUUAAAUACAAAGACCGAAAAAAAAACCAACAGAAAUUAUUGAAAAAAAACAUAACAAAAAAUUCAACAAAAAAUAAACAGAAAAAAUAAGAAAAACUAAAAUCGGAUAGGAUGUUGAGCUGUAUUGUCGGCAGGAAGUAAAGAGAGAAAAGUCAAGAAAGUCGGAAAAGUCGGAAGUCCUAUGAAAAUAAUGCGUUGUAAUUGUAUGUACUAAACCUAAAGAAUUAUUUAAAAAUAAAAUAUAAAAACAAUGAGAAAAUCUCA